CAAGUCGUCAAGGAGCUGUACUUUGCGUUGGAAAUCUAUUACCAGUUGGGGGUAUUCCACUCCCCCCUCUCCGUAUUCCUGUUGAUAUGCCGUUACUGAUCCUUGUAUGCGCUAUUGGAUUGACAGACAAUUACAAGACAGCAAUCUCUCUCGAGUGGUUCACGGCAACGUUCAAUAAUAUCAACCAUCCAACUGAAAUCCGAAGUGUCCAGAUCAACAUCUGGAUUGGAGCAACAACACGACUUUGGGAUAGACUCCCGGAACAUGGUGAUGAAAGUAUUACGAAAUGGAACGCUUUGGACGACGCGCUUUGCCGACCGGAAGUGCGUAUUGGGGACCUGAUUAUCCAUGUAGAGUCGGCCCGUCCUUUACGGACAGAUCUCACGGACUCCAUCUCUCCAUGGCUGCAUGAAAUUUGCUUGCCUAAUGCACGAGAGAAGUAUCCGUCUGACGGAACACGCUUCCUUGCAACCCCGAGGAGGAGUAUUGUCGCCGAAACUCCCCCCGAAGAGCCUCAGGAAGCCAGGAGUGACCUGGACGAGAUGAUGGAAGAAGAUGAGAAUAGUUUUCAGGGAUCAUCAAACUAGGAACCGCAAGUCAUGAUGACGACUACACGUAUUUUGCGCCUUUGGGGCUAAAACGGUUUCUUUUGGCGACAGAGAGGUUCAUGACAUAAUGUGAAAGAGGCAAUGAAAUGAUUUUUCGCAAGAACAUAACUAGUUUUGACGGGACAGACAUUCUCUUUCAAUAUUGAGGCAGCCAGACAGUAUUUCGGUCUGUCAUAGCUCUGCGACGCAAAAGCUUGAGUACGAAACAGCUUUGAA